AAAUGUUUUUGGUGGUUGGGUUGGGUUGGGUUCCUUGAACCAGAAAAGAUGGUAUCGUGAAUACAGUGGGCGAAAAGAAUCUCUCUAAUUAACAAGGUCACGUGAGUCAGCAAUUUCAACACGCGCUAUUGUGGCCGUUCAAAAUCGCAGUCACAGGCUUAGAAUUACGACUUCUAAUUCGCUUCUUUCUCUUAAUUCUAUAAAGCAAAUCCUUGCGUCUCUGUGUACGCAUAUCAUUCCUCUCCUCCUGAUAUUUCGUUUCUUUUACCCUUCUCUCUCAAGCUACAAUGGCGGAUGCUAAGACCCAAAUAGAAUCUUUGAGGAAAUGGGUCGUCGAGCACAAGCUCCGUACUGUUGGGUGUCUGUGGCUCAGUGGUAUUACGGGUUCAAUUGCGUACAAUUGGUCUCGACCCAACAUGAAAACUAGUGUUAAGAUCAUUCACGCAAGGCUGCAUGCACAGGCUCUUACACUGGGAGCAUUAGCCGGAGCUGCUCUAGUAGAAUAUUAUGAUCGUAAGGCAGGAGCGAAGGCUCGGUAAGGAGUUUUGGUCAAUGGUCAUUAAGUACAACACAACGAGAGUAACCUGAAUUCUUUAUACAGCGGAAUCUUUGUAGUAGACUAAUUGUCAUAUCUGAUAUGAUUAUUACAGAAUUUGCAAUUGGCCAUGUACUGUAGUCUAUUCAUUCUUAAAAUAAAAUACUACAUCGGAAUGUUAAAAUGCUUGAGGCAGAGUGAAUAUAUUUUUUCCUAGAUGGAAUGGAUUGCUUGUAGUGCUAGUUGUUUCAUACAUUUGCUACCAAUUAUUAUCGAUUCAUGGUUAUCGUGAAAUAGGAUACAAGCCCUUGAGAAAAAUACUAGUAACAA